AUGGUGGAACAACAAGCUAUGAGAAAUGUUCGAGAAGAUGGUCUUUCUCAAUUAGCUUCUGAAACUGUUCAUUAUAAUCCUUUAGAUCUGUCUACUUGGCUUGAAUCUAUGUUUUCUGAGUUUAAUCCUUGUACUACUUUUUAUGAUGAUUCGUCGUCAAGUCUGAUUUUAUUACCUUCACCGAUUGGGUUGGUUAAAUUAUUAAUAAAAAGAAUCGGAUACUGGAUAUCCGAAAUAUCUGAUGCGAAAAUUUCGGAUAUCCGAAGCUUUCAGAUUGGAUAUCGGAUAUCAGAUAUCCUAAUUUCGGAUACGGAUAUCCGAUCCGAAAAUGGAUUUCGGAUCGGAUAUCCUAUCCGUGCUCACCCUAAUUGCCAAUCGGCAAAUCGCUGGUUUUUGAAUCCAUGCUCUCUUCCGUUGCAAUUUGAUGCAGAUUUCAUCAGUUUUGGCUGA